AAUUGAGCUGGUUUUAUGUCUUGGAAGAAAAGCAGCCGAAUCCCUUGCAUAUUUUAUCCUGCGAUGWACUUGUGCAAGAAUCAGAAAUCUUUUUUUUUUUUUUGUAUUUGAGGCAGAUCAGUUUAAUGCUCUGUAAUUACMUCGCUAUUGUGUAAACGUAUUUUCUCACAUCUGUUAACUUUAAAAGGAACUCUUUGUGAUGUCAUGAAGACUGGUAAAAAUACAUUUAAAAGGUAAGACAAACAAUUUUACAUUUUACCCCCUUAUACUGAUAAUUAAUCAAUAUGAGAACAUAAUCCAUCAUGAUAAAUAAAGGAAGAGUCAAAGUCAUCAAACAUUUUGAUGUACUGUACAUAUUCACACGUUUGUUGUGUAAAUUAAAAGUACUUUGUUUACACCGAAUGCGUACCUGCAUAAUUGGAAAACUAGUGGAGUAAACGUUUUCAUGCUGCACUAUUCAAUGCAAUUCAGGGUAAACAUUUUUUAUAUUGUUUAUAGUUUGCAAUAUGUCCCUUCAAUGCAUUUGUUGAUCUGAAGCAUGRAAAUAUGUAGAUUUGUAAAUCUAAUAAACUCCUCCAAACUGCGUGGCACAAACAUGUCAGGUCCCAUCAGAGGUAUUAUUGUGCAGAUUUGUUUGCAGCGCUCAUAAAUAAGCUUAUCCAAAGUUUAUGUAGGCUAAUCUUUGCUGUCUCCUCUGAGCCCCCCCUCACCAUCACUGCCUAAGAAUAAGCCCAGGCUCCUCCUCUUUAUGAUAAUGUGACAGUAGCAUCUCCAGUGUGAGACAAGCCUCGGCUCAUUCUGAUUCAAUAAUGUGAUCUGCUUUUUUCCCCACACGGACCCCGUCUCCUCUCCUCUCUUCUUCUCUCAUCCCUCUCUCCUCUCUUCCAGACGCCCUAUGCGCACCUCACUCCACUGCGUGUGCUCUGCCGAACUUUCCUGAACAGAGUUCGACUUCUUCCAAGUUUUACUUUUCGCGCACUCAUUAGAUUUCCUCCGACAUGACCACCAUGGCAAGUCCCGCCGCUCCGACUCUGCUCCCCGCGGCUCCGCUCGGACACCACCCGGCGCCGAGCUCCGUCUCGCCGGCCGCCAACUCCCCGCCGCCGGCGGCCACCUCGGCCGCCUCCUCCCCGGCCCCGCCGGUGGCUCACCCGGCGCUGCUUCACCAGUUCCGGGCGGACCUCCUGCUGUCCAACGGGACCCCGCUGAAGAGCGGCGCGGCCGCCGGCGGCGGCGGCGGCGGGGCKGCCAAGCCCGUGUACGCCACCGCGUCGCCCGUGGAGAGCACGCCGCAGAACAACGAGUGCAAGCUGGUGGAGGUGAAGGGUGCCAAGCUGGCCUCGUUCACGGUGAAGGGCGCGGAGCUCAUCUGCCUGCCGCAGGCGUUCGACGUGUUCCUCAAACACCUGGUCGGCGGGCUGCACACCGUCUACACCAAGCUGAAGCGGCUGGACAUCAGCCCGGUGGUGUGCAACGUGGAGCAGGUCCGCGUGCUGCGGGGGCUGGGGGCCAUCCAGCCCGGGGUGAACCGGUGCAAACUCAUCUCCAGGCAGGACUUCGAGACGCUUUACAACGACUGCACCAACGCCAGCUCGAGGCCCGGACGACCGCCCAAGAGGCUGCAGAGUGCGACAGAGGGCGGGACGCACCACAUGCUGUCUCACAGCGGUCUGAUGCACGCUGGGAUCAUGCCUCCCGCAGAUCUCUCUGCCCUGGCCAAAAAGAUCAAGCUGGAGGCGAUGGCGGGUUACCACAACAGCCAGCAGCACGGAGGUCCAAACGGGGAGAACGGUGACCACAAUCCUGGACUGGUUCUGGAUCAGUUGCCCUUCAUGAUGAUGUCACAUCCUCUGAUUCCUGCCAGCCUGGCGCCAGCAUCCAUCUCCAUGGCCAUGGGCCAGAUGAACCGGCUGAGCACCCUGGCCAGCAUAGCCAACGUGGCCCAGCUCCACGCCAACGCACCUGCCAGGGCGCCCACCUCCGUCAUUAAGGAGCGGGUACAGGACACCCCCUCCCCUUCACCCUCGCUGGACGAAGCUCAGAUGUCAUCCAAUCACAGCAGCAGCGUGUCAAGUUCACCGUUGCCUACGGAGCGCACCGCAGACGCCGCACAUCAACUUCAUGACGGCCUUUCAUCGAGUCACAGCAUGUUGAGACACUCUCCUGGUCUGGCGCAGCRUCCCAGAGAGACCGAUGGGACGUUAGCAGAAUAUAACAAGGAGAACAAGAGGAGCCACACCGACAGGGAGAACAGCUCCUUGGCGGCUCAGACGACCAAGGAGAGCAGCGACAGACACGUCUACCAGAAACCCCCGUCAGGCAGGGAGAACUGCGAGAGGGUGUCUUACCCUGCAGGGCAGAAGCUCCCAGCAGGUCUCCACCACACUCCCUUCAUCUUCCCGGAAGGCUUGUCCUCCAUAGAGACCCUGCUCACAAACAUCCAGCAGGGUCUGCUGAGGGUUGCCAUAGAGAAUGCCCGGGCCCAGGAGAAGCAGGACCAGCUGGAGAGGACGGAGCUGAAGAUGGAGCUUGUCCGAGAGAGGGAGCUCCGAGAGACGCUGGAGAGACAGCUCAGCGUGGAGCAGAAAAACAGAGUUCUGAUCCAGAAGCGCCUGAAGAAAGAGAAAAGGAGUAAGAGGAAACUGCAGGAGGCCUUGGAGGAGGAAGUCAAGCUCCGCGAUCAGGCCGAGCACAGCCUGCUGCACACCGCCAACACACACAUAGGCCAUCAAUCACUGGCAGCGCCUCCUCACGCAGAAUCUGUGACCCAGGACGCGAACGGGAGCAGUCAUGACGACGACAGGCUGGACACCAAGGCGACACAAGAGGGCAGGAUGUUCCUGCAAACUGGGAUGUUCUGAGGUACGCGGCGGCCGAAYGGAUGGAUGGAUGAGUGAGCAGAUGAAUGGACGGGAGAACAGAGCGAUGAAGAUUCCUCCCUCGUGACGAACACAAUCGACAGGCAUGCUCGGUCCUGCUGUGGCAUCUGAGACACGAGUCUCCACCUCCCCCACGUUUUCAUGGGUGACAUCUGAACUUUGGUGUCRCUCUCUUGUUUAAUUUAUUGAAUUUAUCAUCCAAUCUUUGCUGUAGUGGAAGGAGUGCUUUACUCUGAUGUUGUGUUUGACCGUGUUUAUUUCAAUUUAAGAUUUUUAGGUCCUAGAUGACUAUAGUUGUUUUUUUGUUUGUUUCAUUUAUCAGUGUUGUUUAUUUGAACGCAAAUAUAACUUGUAACAGAGUUGUGUACAUAUAUAUAGUCAUCAUUUUUAUUAAUUAUAUUAUUAWUAUGAAGAAAAAAAACAUAAUGGCAUGUUGUACAGUCAGUAAGUGACUUGUAUUGUGUAUGUUAUGCAGUAGUGCAGUUCGACAAUACAAACAAUACAAAUCCUUUUUAUUAA